AUGGGUUUACAAGGUAAGCAUAGGGCAGAUGGUUCUAUAGAGAGGUACAAAGCUAUAUUGGUUGCCAAAGGGUACACUCAACAGCUAGGAGUGGAUUACAUUGAGACAUUAUCUCUUGUGACUAGAAUGACAACUAUUAGAACUUUUUUGGCAUUAGUUGUUGCAAGAGGUUGGGAUAUUCAGCAACUUGACUUAAAUAAUUCCUUCUUGCAUGGAGAUUUAGAGGAGGAGGUUUACAUGGUACUACCUCCAGGGUUCCAAACCAGCAAAUCCAAUCAAGUGUGUAGACUACUGAGGUCCUUAUAUGGACUCAAACAAGAAAGUAGGCAAUGGAAUGCCAAGCUCACUAAAGCCUUACAAGACAAUGGCUUUCAUCAAUCCUCAGCAGACCCUUCCUUGUUUACAAAGCAAUCAGAACACUCCUUUACUGCUUUAUUGGUCUAUGUAGAUGAUAUCCUUGUUGCAGGCACAAAUCCUAAUCAGAUAAAGGAGUUGAAACAUUUUUUAGAUAGAUCUUUUAAGAUUAAAGAUCUUGGUGCCCUAAUCUAUUUUUUAGGCAUUGAGGCAUUCAGGAACACAGAAGGGAUCAACAUCUAUCAGAGGAAAUAUACUUUGGAAAUCUUGCAGGAGAAUGGAUUCUUGGAAGCUAAGCCUGCAAAGACACCAUCUGUUCCAGGUCAGAGAUUAACCUCUUUGGAAGGUAAUCUCCUUGCACAACCUGAAGUUUUCAGAAGAUCGGUUGGCAAGCUGUUAUAUCUAACUAACACCAGACCUAACAUAACAUAUGCUGUUCAACAACUCAGCCAGUUUGUAGACAAACCAAGAGACACUCAUCUGGUUGCAGCUCAUAGAGUGUUGAGGUAUCUCAAAGCCUCACCUGGAAAGGGUCUGUUCUAUCCCUCAAAUCCCCACAUCAAAUUACAAGGCUUCUCUGAUUCAGAAUGGGCAACUUGCGUAGAAAAUAGGAAGUCCAUAACAGGUUUCUGCAUUUAUCUGGGAAACUCUUUGAUCUCAUGGAAGACCAAGAAACAAGCUACUGUCUCUAGGUCAUCCUCAGAAGUAGAGUACAAAGCACUAGCUUCAACAACUUGUGAGAUUCAAUGGCUCUUAUAUAUUAUAGCAGACAUGAAAGUUAAAGUGAAUAAUCUUGUGGCCUUAUUCUGUGAUAAUAGUUCUGUUGUUGCCAUAGUUGAGAACCAUGUGUUUCAUGAGCACACAAAGCACACCGAGAUAGAUUGUCAUGUGGUUAGACAAAAGAUUAAUGAAGGGGUGAUCAAACUCCCAAGUGUUACUUCUCACAAUCAAAUUGCAGAUGGCUUCACCAAAGCCUUUGUUUGA